ACCCCUUCGCUUAUGCUAAAGGCUAAAACUAAUUGUUAAUUAGGAAAGACAACCGUAGGAACAUUUGCUGUAAAUUUAUUAUGGAAUCUUCUCUACUUGAGAUUUGGUGUUGUGCAUGCCAUGUCUUGAACUAUGGGCGAAGCUCCGGAUCAAGUGAAACCCCAACUGUGCUUUUCAUGGUUGGGUUAAAAAAGCUGCCCUCUUCGAUCUAAUAAAUAGGAUUAAAGAACAUACUUUUUAGUAUAUAAUUAGCUCUCGUAGGCUGGAUAUAUGUGUUCUAGGGUUAUAACCAUAGCCAAUGUCUAGUAUGUGGUGCUCGUGUAUCUCGAGUAAAUAUAUCACUAAAAUGUUAGACAGACAUUGUUGAACUCAGGUUGAAAUCAAAAUGUUAGACAGACUUUUUAACAUGUUAUGAACUCAGUUUGAAAUCCUUUGACUUCCCUCCCAUCCUUUGUAGGCAAAAUACACCUUGUUGGUCUCCACACUGGCGGGAUCAAGUAAAUAGGUUUAGCUCACUCCUCCAAGGUUCAUGCCUUAUUGGGUCCCAUGUGUCUCUCCCAUUUCUUCCAUAAAUACCCAACACUUCCUCUUCCUUCAUCCCCUUUGUUCUCUCUCUCACAGUUUAGUUUCGUUUACAUGUCAAUCCUGAAUAUGGAGGAAGAAGUUGGGUUUCAAGGCGAGGUACCUGAGAAUCAUGAGGAGUUCACUGCCACUGAAAUCCAAGAGCUUUUGUCACUCUUUCUAGUCAACGACGGGCCUCCAAGUUCCGGUUCCGAUUCACAGGGUUCGAUGCCGACCUCGGCAGCUUGUUCAACCAAUGACGACGAGAGGAAGCUGCGUCGGAUGAUAUCAAAUCGGGAGUCAGCCCGGCGGUCACGGUGUAGGAAAAAGAGGCAUUUGGAAGAUCUGACUAAUGAGGUGAACCGGUUGAUGAUCCAGAACCGGGAAUUGAAGGAUCAGCUCGGCCGGAUUCUCAGCCGCCGCCAUAUGGUUCUGAGAGAAAAUGAUUGGUUGUGGAUGGAGUCCGUGGGUCUUCGGGCCAGACUUUCGGAUCUUUGCCGGAUCUUUGCCGUCAUGCAAUAACCGUCAAAGAAGCUUACGUAAAAGUUAAAAAGGAAAAAGUAUAAAAAAAAAAAAAUUACUACAGCCCAAAACGCCUUGUAUCAUACGCAUUGGAAGUGAAGAAAAUAUUAAUGCUCUUUUUCUUUCUUUGAAUAAAGGCAGCUCCCUUGAAAAAU